UAUUCGUGUACCUUAAAGUUUUAGAGAUUUGAGUUCAAUUUGACGGGGUUAAAGAUUAGUUUGGCGUUUUGAGCAUCCCCAAUCUGUUAUCAGCUGUGUUGGUUUGUUUUGGCAGAAGCUGGCAGCGCAUAGGUGCCGAUUAACACCUCCACAAUGCAGUUAUUAAAACUGUGCAGUUCUGCAUCGAAGCUACUGACCGGCGCCACGACCGGUCGUGCGUUAAUAGCCAGAACGCUCGCAUCCAAUCCGGCCCCCAUGGAGCGACUGCUGCAGGUCGGCCAGCAACGGAUCAACAUCGUCGAGGCCGGCACCGGUGACCGGGGUGUCCUCUUGAUGCCCGGUGCCCUGGGUUCCGCGUGGACCGACUUCAAACCACAGAUCGAACAGUUGCCGGCUCUGCUGCCGAACCACCGGAUCGUGGCCUGGGACCCACCGGGGUAUGGCAAGUCCCGUCCACCGAACAAGACCUUCGGGUUGGAUUUCUACGAGAAGGACGCGGAAGCUGCCGCCCAGCUGAUGGAGGCCGUCGGGCUCAAGCGAUUUUCGGUUCUCGGCUGGAGCGACGGUGGCAUCACGGGCCUGGUGCUGGCCGGAACGAAGCCCGAUGUGGUCGAGAAGCUGGUCAUUUGGGGCGCCAACGCGUACAUCACCAAACCGGAGGCGGAAAUUUACGAAGGAAUUCGGGACGUGAGCAAGUGGUCCGCUCGGAUGCGGGAACCGAUGGAGAAGGUUUACGGCAAGGAGGGCUUUCCGCAGAUCUGGUCGGCCUGGGUGGACGGAAUGCUGAACCUGUACCGGAAGCGAGAUGGGGACAUCUGUAAAGGGGUGCUGGCCAACAUUCGGGCGCCGACGUUUAUCGUUCAUGGUGCCAAAGAUCCGAUGAUCGUGCCCGAGCAUGUGCCCUAUCUGAAGGAGGCCGUCAAGAGUACGGAACUUGUGCAUGUGUUCCCCGAUGGAAAGCAUAACAUUCAUCUGAAGUAUGCUGAAGAGUUCAACAAGUUGGUGAGUGAUUUUCUUCGAAAGUGAAUCAUAAAAUCAUUUUUUUUAAAUAAGUUACCGAUUAAAUUUGCCAAAAAUAUGGUUAAAGUUCGUUUUUGUAGUUCCUGUGAAAAAGGUGAUUGAA